CACUCUCUGCCACUUUACGUAUAAAAAAAUCCAAAAGAUUCAGAGGCUCACACUCCAAGUCUCCAUUCAUCAAAUCUUCAUAGUUUUCGUAACGCUCAAAAAAUAUAUUCUUCCCGUUUUACCCUUCUGGCAUGAUAGCUUUCAAUAACUAUAAACCACAGAACCAAAUCUCUUCACCACUCACUAUAGAUAUUUCAGAUACCAUUGAUUGAAGUUGAAAAUACCACUUUACCCCUCACUGUAAAACACUCCGAUGCCGAACCUCAACAACAACCUUACCAGUCCGGUGGAAAAUCACCGGCGAGGUAAAUUACCAGAGAAAUCGUCUUCUUUUUACGGUCAGAAUUCUGCGACGGCGGCUGGUGUAAAACUCCGGCGGCCGAAGACUAUGCCGGAACUUGGACCGGAUAGGAAGCGUGCGGCAAUGACGACGACGGCGGCUGAGAUUUUUCCGAAACAGCCGCCGAAGUUUCUGCUUAAGGUUAUGAUGAUAGGGAGCCUUGGUCCGGUGCAAGUUUUGAUGACGCCGGAAUCGACGGUGGGAGAUUUGAUAACGGCGGCGGUGCGGUUAUAUGUUAAGGAAGGUCGCCGUCCAAUCUUGCCGUCGAAUGAGGCUUCAUACUUCGAUCUUCAUUAUUCUCAGUUCAGCUUGGAAAGUUUAGAUAGAAAUGAGAAGCUGAGGGAAAUUGGAUCAAGGAAUUUCUUCAUCUGUCCAAAGAACAACAUUGGAGAGAGUGAUGGUGUAGAUGAUAGCGUAACGGUGUCGUUUGGUUCGUGUUCCACACAAGCUGAAAAACCGUGCAAAGGUUUCGGUUGGUUGAGUAAGGUGUAUAGUUUCUUGCUAUGAAAAACUGAUAAUAAUGAUUCGGUGAGAAUUAAUCAUCACUUGCCAUGAUGCCAAGUGCCAACAGCAACAUUUAGUAGUAUAUUCAAUAAUUUUGUAUUUAUGUAAUUUUAUCUUCAAAUUUUUCAAUAAUUUUUUCAUUUUUUAUUUUCAAAAUAAUGCGCAUAAGCCUGUUAGGACGGAUAUAUAUACACUAAAGCUAAAAAAGGUGAAUCUGCAAACAAUUUUGCAGCACCUAGGUUAAUAGCUACAUGGAUCAGAGAUGACUUCGCCAAUGAUACUUCUCUUCCGUUUCGGUGAAUGGAAGAGAGGUUGUGUAUUUGCAGGUGCUCCAACGCUAAGUUAGUAAGGAUGACUAAUAGAAAGCACGCUACAAUUAAUUACUGUAUAUAUAAUGUGAUGUUCAUUUAUUAAGUUAAGUUCACGUGGACUAUUGUUAAUGUUUUUUCAAAAUUAUAUGAAA